AUGGUUAACAUCCCUGAAGAAGAGCUUGCGCUUAUAGAUAGGAUUACAAAAGUCCUUGAAAGCUGUCCACAGUCUAUCGAUCUUUAUAAGUCCUGUUUGGAGAGUUUAAGUCCAAUAGUGGUCCGUACUGCUGAAGAUGAAACUUAUAGAAAAGAACUGGCCUCAAGUUUUAUUAUUUGGAAGCAACUUAAAACCACUAUAGACGGAUGUAUUAUUGAUAGGAUUUUGAAAUUGGGUAAUGAAGAUUACAAUUUUUGGUACUUGAGAACAGUUCGAGCCUUACUUUUGCUAAUGAGAAAUUUAUCCGUAAAUAAUCAAGAGAUACCUCAAGAAAUCCUAUUACAGAAUUCGAUUUUGCGUUUGUUUCAGAUUAUCUGUGAUUGCCAUUUUUCUUAUGGUGACAUGGAAACGUCUACUUACGUGACAGCUAUAAGUUUCCUCCAUAAUAUCAGCAAGAAGUCGGUUAUUUUUGACAAGACAAUAAUAGAUUCAUUGAUGAUAUUCCUCCAAUACCCAAUAAAUCAUCCAAAGAAGCAACAUGACAUGUUAUACCCAUUUGUGCUAUAUUUUUUGAACUUGACUGAAAAUGAAGAGUUUUUAUACUAUUUCUUCAGACAAGAAAGUAAGGAUAAAAUAUUAUACGAGUUCUUGAUAAAACAGCUACUUAAAGAGCACUCUACGAUUUCCAGAUACAUACGUGAGAGGGAGGAUGAAUCAGAGCAGAGAGAAAUGAGUACCAUGGAUUCCAUCUUAUUGAAAUGCUUCACAAAAAUAUGUACUCAUGAAUCUUUUGCACCAUAUCUUUUAGAAGUCGAAAAGAAGGACACUGAAGAAUUCAUGUACUUUAUGGAAAUAUUACAACUAGCAAUUACUAGUUCUGAAAGGUGGGAUAACUUUCAGCUCACCGGUAUAAUGGCAUGGCUUAUAAAGCUAUUUGAAGCAGCCUCGAAAGAUGUUGAAGAAUACUUCAAAAAAAACGAGGAAAACGAUGAGGUUGCAACUAUUUUACACAAGAAGUUAAGAAUUAUUUUGGAUAUGCUUUCGGUAUUAUCUCAGUAUGAACACGUUCAGAAGUUCUUGCUUCAUUAUAAAGGUUUAGAAAUAUUGAUUAAUAUGUUGAAACUAUUUCAAGAUAAUUUAUUACGAGUGAAUUUCAACAAGGACAAAUUUGGCUCAGUGAAAGACGUCAGAACUACUGAUGCUUUGGGUACAAAGGUUAAUGAUGUAGAUAAACUAGAGACAAGAGUUGAUUAUGAUAACUUUAAGAUUAAACCAACCAACUUUCCUGAAUGUAAACUCUUGAUCAUUGAAAUUCUGAGUAACUUAACAUUUAAGAAUACUGAAGUUCAAGAUAAAAUGAGGACUUUACACGGUUUAGAAUUAGUUUUAUCAAAUUGUGUCAUCGAUGAUAAUGAUCCUUUUAUUAAGGAGAGAAGCAUUAUUUGCAUCAAAUUUUUAUUAGAAAAUAAUGAGGCAAAUCAGAGCCUGGUUAGUCAAUUGGAAGCUAAGAAGCCAGUUCAAGACGAUGUAUUGGAAAAGGCAGGUUAUGAUGUCAAGAUUGAAAAAGGUGGUGAAAUCAAGCUUGUACCAAAAGAGCAAGAGAAGGAUCAUGCUGAAUAA